GUCAACGUAGUUCGUUCGUCGUUGUGUUCGAUAAAUCGGUAAAAUAAAGCGACGUACGACGUGCAUUUAAAUAUUUACCUAUUGUCUUUCGAUGUCACGGCGCGGUUUCUCCCUUUUUAUUUUGUAUUUUUAUAUAGAAUUUAUAUUUAUGGUAACGAUUCGUCUCCUCUACGCCAUUUUAAUUCAACAACAAGUAUGUUAUUUGUAUUUAAAAAAAUUCGAAUGGAAACUUCUAUUGUUCUUUACUCGAUAGGAAGAGGAGGUAAGCCUACGUUGACACAACGCACGCCGGCCAAGUCUUUGGCGUGGAUCGUAAAGAAUAACACAAGUUCAUAAAUGUCUCUUUUAUCGCCUAGCUAUAAAAUGCGUAGCCCGCGACAAGCCCCUUGACAAAUGGGAAGAAUUUAUUCUACUCUUUCCUGAUAUUACCAGUCUUUUCCUCGAAAAUAGAUGGCUCGGAUAAUUACUUAGUGCUAAAUUUUUCGUUUUUUAAAUUAAAAAAACACAAAAUAAUUGUUUUCUAUUAAAUUUUACAUUUUUAUAAUUUCCUUCUUAAACGGUUUUUAAUGAUUGCAAUUAAAAUUGAUUUACGUUAAAGGUCCAGAAAUUACGAUGUAGAUUGUACCUACUUUUACGCGUGUAAUGUUACAGUUUAGGGCCUGGUGCUUAGAAAUUAAGGCCCGGCCCUUUUAAAUUCGGAAUUUUUUAUUCCGGGAGGAAGGGUCGCUUAUCUGUUACGUCUUAGGCUUUAAAUGUGUUUCUGCUCGGUACUUAAAGUAAGGAUGCUCGGUGAAUUCCGGGUAUUCUUUGUCGCUCUUCGAAAGUCCGCCGGAUAAAAAUAUCACAAUAUUUCCUGUUUAUAUUUUAUUUUAAAUACAUUAUUAACCUUUUUACUGUUUAAUAGGCUAAUUGUUUUAAAACUAUAUUUAGUUUAAUCGACAUCUCCUUCUCCGGAAAAUAUCUAAUUAAAAAUUGGAUGGUCGUGGUAAUUUCGAAGUAAUUCCGCAUUUAUACUACGUUUCGCUUAUUUUAGAACUGUUUAUAAAGAAUAAAAUAAAAGUAUAGUCAAACCUGGCUUUAGCUGUACUCUCGGAAUGCGCCAAUGAAUAUUCGUAAAUGUCAAACGAGGUAUUCGCAGAUUACUAAACGGACCGUUUUGCAUCGAGAACGUGAUUUUUAACUUUCGAACUCGUACGCAGACUUCAUUACUUUGUGUAAUCGUUAUUUGAGCUUUUUUGAUUUAGUGCCAAUGUCGGAAGUGGCGAUAAAUCAAAGUUUGGUUUUUUCCUUGGAGAGGAAAAAAAUCCACGUUUGUAGCAAAAUAACCCAAACUCCAACACGAAAUUAAAUCUGUAAUAAAGAUAUCGAUCGGUAGAAGCCGACCUUAACAUUUAUUUAAAUUUCCAAAACUGGUAAAGGGAUUAUAAAUGUAGGUUAAAUGUAAUCUUAUCUUAAUUGCCAACCGCACAAAUUUGAAAAAAAACAAAAAUAAAUAAUCAACGAAAAUUCUCCAUACAGUAAUGCAGUUACUUCACUUAAUUCGAUUCUUCUUAAGGUAUAUUUCGGAAGAUGGUCCGAUAGGGCGUAAUUUUACUAAUCUCAGCCAUCUCCUGUCUAGAAGCAACAAUGUGAUUGAUAGAAACUUAUCAGAAGUCCCAUUUCCUUAUUUAAUCGUUACGCACGGAUCCGUUUCUGGGUCAUUGUCAAGUUUAGCUGAAGGGGAGGACGUAUAAGAGUAUUUUCUUUCGUGAAAAAAUGGGCUAAUGUACUCCUUUUAGCGGAAGAAUAUUGAGAAGCUAUAAAACAGACAGAAAAAUCGCGGCAGCCCUUACAGUCCGUAUCGACAAUGAUAAUCCGAAUUACGUUGUGGUUUCUUUGUUUGGCCACUUCGUUAGAAACGAAGAAUAUAAAGAAGAGCGACACCCUGGAAGAGAUCACCGUCAGCGCGUCCAGCCAUCACUACCCCGUUAAAGAUCAUCACCUUCAGGCGUCGGCGAUCACCAAAUUUCACUCGGGUCAUCACGCCAUUAAGGCCCACAGCCCCAAAUGGUGGGACGGGUACGUCAAAGGAUGGUACGACGGUUGGAAUAACGGUUUCAACUGGCACAAGAAGGACGAUCAUCACGCCGACCACGAUCACUCCACCGCCCACCUUCACCAGAGCGCCGAUCACAGUGCCGGGCACGGUGACGUGACCGAUCACAGUGCCGGUCACGGUCAUUCGGGCGGUCGGGUGGGAUACGGGGGCGACGCCUACGGCCACAGCGCCAAGGACCACCAUCACGGAGGUCUUCACGGAGGUCUUCACGGCCAUCACGCCAGCCUGGGCGCAGGAUCUCACGGUCACAGUUUUCACGGAAAUUCUCAUUCGUUCGACCUGCACGCGGCCGGAGGAAGUUUCGGCAAAUUUCAUAGUCUACAUUCCUCUUUAGAUACUUCCGGGAUGGAUCACGGGGGAGAAAUGUACCGCCAUUCCGUUUAACAUACUCGAAAAUUCUCGGCCAUCUCAGUGUAAAUACCCAUUAGUUCGACCACCGACUUUCCAUUUAUUGUAUAAUUUUAUUGAUUGAU